AUCAGCCAAAGUGUCGUGUAUCAGCAGGUAGUGUCCGUCAACACUUUUGUCCAGUCAAACACCACUUUCUAUCCUAUACCGGCACAAGCGAUCACAGUGACAGAUGCCCCAACCUCGUUCGACCUUAUCACAACGCUAUCUUGGACUAAGACGCUUCCAUAUACAGCCUCUACCUCCACUUUUGUCAAUGUCGCAAUUCCAACAACGACAGAUUCGACUUUCAUUCUGUUCGUCAUGUCGGACACGAGGCUGCAUCAAAAGCGUCAGAGCGGAUUCUACAUGAACGCCAACGGAACAGUUAGCAACGAUUGCUCAAGUGCACCCAUAUAUACGAUAAAAAAUGGCGUCCUGACUGCGACAAUAAGCAAUGUCGUCUACUACUACUCCACAAAUCCAGGAGUUGCAUAUGCUCAAUUCGUUCCUUCCCAAAAUCCAGGAUCCAUCACGACGUCCUUUUCGGCCACGAGUAAUGGACAGCUUUCCUGGUUCAACUCACAGUUUUAUAAUGGACAAGCACAGUUUUGCUCACUUAAUGAUGGUACUGUGUAUGCCGUAUUCCAGCAAGAUGCCGCACCUUCUGGC